CCAAGCUUGGUCUCACAAGGCAAUGGGAGAAGGAAGUGAUGAAGUGGUGGCUUCUUCUUCGCCUCUUCAUAUGGAAGCUUCAUUGCUAUUUCCAUCCAAAGGCAUAGAGAUUGACUUCAAUGACAUGAUAGGUGAGAAAAAUAUUACCACGAAGAGGUUCAUGUUUAGUGAAAAUAGCUUGUGCAGGCUACAAGAAGACAUUUCAAGAGAUUGCGUCUUUAAGCCUACUAGAGUUGAAGCUGUGACAGCCUUGAUAUGGAAAUCAGCCUUGGAAGCUGCAAGAACCACAGAGGCAACUCAUAAUGGUAGUUCAUUGAUGUUACAUGCUGUGAACAUACGAGGCCGGAUGCUGCCGCCAUUGCCAGAGAAUUCUUUAGGUAAUCUCUAUGUGCCUGCCAUUUCUCCAUUGUUUGAAGUUGACAAAGAAAUGAAGGUGGAGCUACAAGACUUGGCAAAAGUAGUGAGAAGAACAAUAAAAAUGGUUGAUGGAGAUUAUGUGAGCAAGUUUCAAGGAGAUGGGCAAGAACUUAUGGAAGCCCUUGAACCAAUAUUACAACUGUUGUAUUUAAUGAUCGAGGAAGGUGUUCCUUGUUAUACUUUCAGCAGUUGGGUGAGGCUUGGUUUCUAUGACACAAACUUUGGAUGGGGCAAACCAAAUUGGGUUUGUACUAUUGGAGUGCCUAUAAGAAAUGUGAUUUUUUUGAUGCCAUCUUGUUCUGAUGACGGAGGAAUAGAGGCUUGGGUCACCUUGAAUGAGUCUCAUAUGCCCCACUUUGAAACCAAUCCUCUACUUCUUCAAUUUGCUUCUUUUGAUCCUUAACUACUCUGUUGACGAGUAGUAUAUGUAUACUUUCAUCUAUUUGCAAAUUAUUUGGAGUACUGUCAAGCAUAUGUAUUAAGUUGGAUGAUUGUUAAAGAAAUAUCAUAUUGUGAGGGUACUAUCUUCACUCUAUAAUAUAACAGCUAGUUAACUUAUUUGAGUAGAUCAAAAAA